GAAGAAGGAAACAAAAUAACUUCGCUUGCACUCCAAGCACUUCUCUUGGCCGCCCAAACCAACCGCCUGCGCCUUUCCAUAGUCCUCGAGAACUAGGGCGCUGCCUCUGCCGCGCGUGCGCUGCUGUCCAGCGUGCCGCGCACGCCAGCGCUCCCUGCGCCGACCUUGCGCGCGUGGUUGCUCGCCAGCCCCGC